AUGGCUGCAGACGAGAUUUUCGAUAUUCAUCAAUUACUUGCGCGAGUGAGAAAAUUCAUGGGUUCUCUUUGUCGCGAGAUGCUACUCGUAGCUGCAUGUCUCAUCCUGGUCAUCAGCCCAACCAACGCUCAGGCUGCCCCGAGCGCCUAUCUACAGACCCCCGUUCAGCGUCAGCUUGACUGGCACUGCAUGGAGUACUAUGCUUUUAUCCAUUUUGGACCCAACACUUUCACCAACGAAGAAUGGGGUACGAGCCAACAGAUGCCUGAUGUCUUCAACCCGACGGCGCUCGACACGGACCAAUGGGCCAAGUCAUUCGCCGAUGCGGGCAUGUCUGGUAUGAUCUUGACCGCGAAACAUCAUGACGGCAUGGCGCUGUGGAACACCUCAACCACCACAUACAAGAUUGCCAACGGAGGCUGGGCUAAGAACCGCACGGCAGCUGGGCUGGAAGUUGAUGUCGUUCGCAUGGCUGCCGUCUCAGCCAAAAAAUACGGUCUCAAGUUUGGCGUGUAUUUGUCGCCCUGGGACAUCCACCGCGACCCAGCCAUGCCGAAGCCUCUGCUUAACGGCACUAUUUUCGACGAGCCGCAGAUCUUUGGCGAUAAUAGCGCCGGUGACUACAAUGAUUUUUACCGGCGCCAGCUCACGGAACUGGUGGAUAUGACUCUUGUAGAUGGUAGUUCUGUGUCGCUCUUCGAGAUCUGGCUGGACGGCGCCAGCGGCUCUAGCACUGUUCAAACCUUUGACUGGGCAGGAUUUCGCGACAUUAUCCGUACGCAUCAACCGGCAGCAAUCAUGUGGGGUCACCAAGGUGUGGACGCUCGAUGGGUGGGCAACGAGGACGGGGUCACGGUCCCCACCAACUGGCAUACCAUCAGCCGAACACAGGACCAAGAGCGUCUCAGCGAAACAGAUUUACAAACAGGCCUGCGAGACGGGCUGCAUUGGACCCCGGCCGAGGCCGAUGCUCGAGUCCGUACCGGCUGGUUCUGGCACGCCGACGAACAGCCUAAGACGGGACAGCAGCUCUUGGACAUGUACUUUCAGUCUGUCGGGCGAAGCGUGAGCCUCCUACUUGACGUGCCGCCGGAUGCAUCGGGUCGAAUAACCAAGGAAGAUAUUGAUGCACUGAUGGAACUCAAGCGUCUCAGAGACGACUUCCUUGGUCGGAACCUGGUCACUACCGAGUCAAAAACCACGGCUAGUAGUGUCCGAGGCGGGGAAAACUCUACGUUUGGUCCCUCAAACGUGCUGAGUUCUUCAACCGACACGUACUGGAGCAUGAAUGAUGAAGAACGCACUGGCUGGUUGGAUAUUGACCUGAAUGGUACAAGCCAUGUCGAUGCUUUCGUUGUCCAAGAGCAUGUUGCCCUGGGCCAGCGAGUUGGCGGGUAUAACAUUGACUGUGUUGUUGACGGAACAUUCAAGACAGUUGUAAACGGCACCUCCCUCGGCUACAAACGGAUCGACCGGCUUGAAACUCCUGUGGAAACUACCCAGAUCCGGUUUCGGGUCACACAGGCAAAUGCAGUGCCUCUGAUACAGAAUAUUCAAGUACUCGGCACUCAGAUAUCGUGA